AUCCAUAAUAACAGCCAGUCGCUGUUGCUCCUAAUGCGCAAUCCAGUGAAACGAGACAAAGUGCAAGUAGCUUACAAAAGCAAACUUGUAGGAAUGAAGGAAAUGUGCUACAGGCCCCCUUUUGGCACAGAGAUCCGUGCACAGUUAGUGGAGCAGUUCAAAUGCCUGGAGCAGCAGUCGGAGUCUCGAAUCCAGCUCCUGCAGGACUUACAGGAGUUCUUCCGCAGGAAAGCAGAGAUUCAAAUGGAAUAUUCCAGGAGCCUGGAUAAGCUGGCAGAGAGGUUCUCUUCCAAAAUCCGCAGCUCCAGGGAGCAUCACCAGUUCAAAAAAGACCAACACCUCCUGUCACCUGUGAACUGCUGGUAUCUGGUCCUGAAUCAAACGAGGAGAGAGAGCCGUGAUCAUGCCACUCUCAACGAUAUCUACAUGAACAAUGUGAUCGUUCGACUGUCCCAGAUCAGCGAGGAUGUUAUCAGGCUGUUCAAGAAGAGCAAAGAAAUUGGGCUGCAAAUGCAUGAGGAGCUGUGGAAGGUCACAAAUGAACUCUACACCGUGAUGAAAACAUACCACAUGUACCACACUGAGAGUAUGAAUGCCGAGAGUAAGCUGAAGGAGGCAGAGAAGCAGGAGGAGAAGCAGUUCAGCAAGUCAGGAGAGCUGAAUGUCAGCCUGCUUCGAAACGAGGACCGGCCACAGAGGCGCAGCUCGGUCAAGAAGAUUGAGAAGAUGAAAGAGAAGAGACAAGCCAAGUAUUCUGAAAACAAGCUGAAGUGCACCAAGGCUAGAAACGACUACCUGUUGAACCUGGCAGCAACCAAUUCUGUUGUGGCAAAAUAUUACAUCCAUGAUGUCGCUGAUAUGAUUGAUUGCUGUGAUACGGGUUAUCACGCAAGUCUCGCCAGGACCUUCAGAACAUACCUCUCUGCUGAGUACAACCUGGAGACCUCAAGGCAUGAGGGUUUGGACAUCAUUGAGAAUGCAGUGGACAACCUGGAUGCACGCAGUGACAAACAUAAAAUAAUGGAUAUGCACAACCAGGUCUUCUGUCCGCCAGUGAGAUUUGAGUAUCAACCCCACAUGGGAGAUGAGGUGUGCCAGGUGAGCGCCCAGCAACCAGUUCAGACUGAACUCCUUAUGCGCUAUCACCAGCUUCAGUCCAGACUGGCAAGCCUUAAAAUUGAGAAUGAAGAGGUUCGAAAGACCCUGGAUGCUACAAUGCAGACCUUACAAGAUAUGUUAACUGUUGAAGAUUUCGACGUGUCGGAUGCGUUCCAGCACAGCCGUUCCACUGAAUCCAUCAAGUCUGCUACUUCUGAGGCCUACAUGAGUAAAAUCAACAUUGCGAAAAGGAGGUCCAACCAGCAGGAAACUGAGGUCUUCUAUUUUACAAAAUUCAAGGAGUACCUAAAUGGCAGUAAUCUGAUCACAAAACUCCAGGCCAAACAUGACCUACUUAAGCAAACCCUUGGAGAAGGAGAAAGGGCUGAGUGUGGAACUACAAGGCCCCCCUCUCUUCCCCCUAAACCACAGAAAAUGAGGAAGCCUAGACCUCGAUCAGUCUAUAAUCAUAAACUGUUUAAUGGCAAUAUGGAAACCUUCAUUGAGGAUUCAGGCCAAGCCAUCCCCCUUGUGGUGGAGAGCUGUGUUCGGUACAUCAAUCUGUACGGUCUUCAACAGCAGGGUAUUUUUAGAGUUCCUGGAUCUCAGGUCGAAGUCAAUGACAUUAAAAAUUCAUUUGAAAGAGGUGAGGACCCUUUGACUGAUGAUCACAAUGAUCAUGAUAUUAACUCUGUUGCUGGGGUCUUAAAGCUUUACUUCAGAGGACUGGAAAACCCUUUGUUUCCUAAGGAAAAGUUUCUUGACUUGAUGUCAACCAUAAAACUUGAAACUUCUGCUGAAAGAGUGCACCAUGUCCAGCAACUCAUUGUGCCUCUGCCUCGAACCGUCAUUAUCGUCAUGAGAUACCUUUUUGCAUUCCUCAACCACUUAUCCCAGUAUAGUGAUGAAAACAUGAUGGAUGCCUACAACCUGGCCAUCUGCUUUGGCCCCACCCUGAUGCCCAUCCCAGAUGGGCAAGACCCUGUUGCCUGCCAGGCCCACGUCAAUGAGGUCAUUAAGACCAUUAUCAUGCACAAUGAAGCCAUCUUUCCCAGCCACAGAGAGCUGGAUGGGCCGGUAUAUGAGAAAUGCAUGACUGGAGGAGAAGAGUACUGUGAUAGCCCCCACAGUGAACCUGGCACUAUUGACCAUGACAAUGGCACUGAGCCCCACACCAGUGAUGACGAGGUUGAGCAGAUUGAAGCCAUCGCUAAGUUUGAUUACAUUGGGCGGUCCCCUAGGGAGCUGUCCUUCAGGAAAGGAGCAUCACUGCUGCUCUACCACAGAGCCUCAGAGGACUGGUGGGAAGGGCGUCAUAAUGGGGUUGACGGGCUGAUCCCUCACCAGUACAUUGUAGUGCAAGACAUGGAUGAUGCAUUCUCUGACAGCCUGAGCCAGAAGGCAGACAGCGAGGCGAGCAGCGGCCCUCUUUUAGAUGACAAGGCCUCAUCAAAGAAUGACAUCCAGUCCCCCUGUGAGCACUUACCAGACUACAGCUUCGGAGGCGUUAUGGGCAGGGUUAGGAUAAGAUCAGAUGGUGCUGCUAUCCCACGCCGCAGGAGUGGCACAGACACCCACAGUCCCCCCAGAGGAACUGGCCCUGCUAUUGACACCCCUCCAAGGGCCGCUGCAUGCCCCAGCAGCCCUCACAAGAUCUCAGUGAACAGAGGCCGCAUAGAGAGCCCAGAUAAGCGCAGGCUGGCUACAUUCGGAAGCGCUGGCAGCAUCAACUACCCUGACAGGAAGAACUUGCCUGAAGGCCAUCCCUUGAGGCCAACCCAUGGCUCCACGCGGCACAGCAGCCUCGGAGACCACAAGUCACUGGAAGCAGAAGCCUUAGCUGAGGACAUUGAAAAAACCAUGAGCACUGCACUCCAUGAGCUGAGGGAACUGGAAAGACAGAACAUUGUGAAGCAGGCUCCUGAUGUCGUGCUGGACACCUUGGAGCCCAUGAAGAACCCACAGAUAGGCACUGUGAACUCUGAGCCACCCAGCCCCCUGCACACCAUGAUGAUUCGAGACCCAGACGCUGCAAUGAGGCGCAGUACCAGCUCCACCACUGAAAUGAUGACCACCUUCAAACCAGCCCUUUCUGCCAGGCUGGCAGGUGCCCAGUUGAGGCCUCCGCCCAUGAGACCAGUGAGGCCAGCGGUCCAGCACCGGUCAAGCAGCAGCAGCAGCUCAGACCAAGACUGAACAGGCAAUGAGACAAGAAUGGCAUUUCAACACUAGAAAAACUGCACAAUAAACAAAGAGCAUUGCAUUUGUCUCAUUUGUUUUUUUUUGCAUGGCCAGCAUGAGUCACGAAUGACAAAGAAAGCCUCUGAUUCUGCUUGUGCUGUAAAUAACUACUGCAGUUACAGAAACUAUAGUUUUGUACAGUAUAUGCACUAGUUUUGGAACAUAGGAAAGAAAAACAACAACUGUAUUUCUGGUGUCUGAUAGAAACUUGGAAUAUUGCACAAAAUCACUGAAUUGCUUCAUUGACUGCUGAUAGCUAGUGAACAGGAUAUGUUUAUCAAUUCCCCACAAUUUCAAGUAUAGUUACACAGAAUUUUAUAUCUCUACAUGUUUGCCUCAUUUAACCUAAAAUAGUGUAUUUAACCAGAAAAUUACAAAUAUUUAUUAAUUGGUGUUAUGUUUACCUUUGAUUCUAAUGGGUAUUUUAAUGGUGCUUAUAUUUUUAUAAACCAUUUCAGAAUUUCACAUUAGCAUUUUUAACCUGGAAGCAUGUUUUCCAUAGUUAUCAGGUAAUCUGUUAAGCUUGCACAUCUUAAAAUAAUGUUUUAAUGGUGCACACAUUUUUAUACUGGCCUCAUUACCGGCCUUAGGCUUGCUCAGAGAAAUAUACUUGUGACAUUAUUAAAUUUCAAUUAUCCAUGAGUUCAGAAAUAGGAAUCCCUGUGGAUUAGGAGUAUGUAUCAUGUGAUAAAACAUCAGUGUCAUGCAAAUUCGAAGGAUUUGAAGUAUUUCUUUUAGCCUGAACUUCUCCCCACUCCUUCAACACCAACUGGGCACCUGCUUUCUCAAAUGAAUGACAUGCUUUGCAGGCCGUGAUAUGUUUUAACUCUGAAGACACUGUUGAGCUGAAAUGACCUAUAGUACAGUAGGAAGUGCAAAUGUAACAGACUACCUGAAAGUAAGGCAUGCAGAGCAGGGUUCCUCCAAGCUUAUGAAAUUAUGGAUACCGCUUAUCAAGUUUUGACAGUAGAAAUAGUGUUCUUUUCUCUGGCACAAUGCAUGGGAUUUGGACUUUUUGGCUGACAUGGUACUGUCAGCUGAUACUAAAAGCUAAUAGAAGAUAAUUAAGUUAUGUUGCUGUUCCCCAAACUACUUGUAAACAAACGGCUGUAGAGAUAUAUACCAUGGGAUUUUUGUUAGGUAUAAAAGAGCUAAACUAAAAAUUAGCUUACUGCGAAAAUGUGUCUUUCAUUUUCUUACCUGACUUUUAAAACACAGCCUUUAAUUUUAAUAUGAAACUGUUUCAUCAUUUUAAAUAGUUAAAUUUUUAUAAGGGUUUAAGUUAUUAUUAUUAUUAUUAUUAUUAUUAUUAUACAAUUUAUUUAUAUGCAACCCAAUUGAACAAUUGUAAUGCAUAUGAUUUGUCAUCUUCUUAAAACUCUCUCUUGCCUGUUCUCGUCUGGUAAAUAUUGCUUGUAUUGCUAUAAAAUAUGCUGGAAAGCACUGUUACCAAUGUAAAAAAAUUAAAUAAGAAAAAGCGUAACAAACCAGAAUCUAGUAGAUUCUAGCAAGUCACCAUACCUUUGCACUUAGCAGCUAUAUAGCUUAAUGUGACAAUAACACAAUGCCAAUGUGUAAUAUUCCUGAUGUACAUUAUUGUUAACAGUGUGUAGUGACUUUUGACAAGUUUCAACUCAUAUUCCUGAAAAUGAAAAUACUUUAUUAUAUUACUGUGGUACUCUGAAUAUGUUUCAAUCUCACAUCAGUGAUGUCUUUGACUUGUUGACAUUUUCAUCUCUGUCAUUCUACACAUCACCCUUCAUUUUCCUUCAGCAUCGCAGACUGCUUGUGAUAUGGUAUGGGGGAGAUGUUUUACAUGGACAUUCAAUUAGUCUGCUAUGGAUGCAACAAUUGACCUAGACUGUUUGUUGUGCCUUUCCUAAGAGCACGCACAAGAACAUUAACUUGAAUCUAUCCUUUGUAAUUUGGAUUUGAAUACUGUGUCACUGUGUCAUUUGAAUACUGUGCCCCUUUUCCUAUAAUCAUUUUUUCAAAAGUUAUAAAUGUUUCUUAGUAAUUCACAUAUUUUUUUAACAAAAAAAUUGGGAGUAGAACUGGAAAAGGGAAGUUUACUUUUUCACCAAAGUCAUACUGAAGUUGCCUCAAUGAAACAAGCAUAGAACUCGUUCUGUGACACUGGAUUUCUUGACUUUCCAAAAUAUUAUUUCUUGAACCUAAAUUGCAAGGCAUCUAGUUUUUCAGACAUCUUAGCUCUGUCAUUACAAAGUAUCCCGUUUUUGUAAGGUCGUGUGUUUUUUUUUUUUUGGGGGGG